UAGGCGUAUGAUAAAGCUGAUUGCUUCUCUGUUGUUCCAAAGUUAUAGUGCAUAGAGAGAGAGAGAGAGACGGGGAGGGAUAGAGACACAGUUCGUCUGCUACGCCGUGGUGGUUACUUACCACAGAAGGUUCUCUGUGUUUGUUAAUAGAAAAGAUAAAACGAGAGGAGUAAUCAGUGUAGAAGAAGAGGAGGGGGAGGAAGAGGAAGAGGGUUGCGUAGAUUACAAUAUAUAACAAGCAUACAAGAAAAAGGGUUCGUGCAAACCUUGUGCGGAACAAAAAGAAAAAAGAAAAAACUAAGAAAUUCUAGAAGAUCCUUAUCUUCACGUAAUCGCUUUCUUCGAUUAUCUUCGUGCCCCAGCCCAAGUUUUUUUCUCCUUAACACCUUGCUUGGAUUUCAUAUUCGACUCAGUUGGUCGUGUCGGGUUCUUCCUGGGUUUGGUUGUGGGCCGUCAUUCAUGGGGAAGAGUUGGGGCUUGGUGAAAGGGAAAUUGAGAAUUUUACGGUGAAAAUCGGUGGUUCUAUAGGGACUAGGGUUAAUUUCGUGUUUAACGGUGGUCGGUGAUACGUUGGGGGUUGUGGGUGUAAUCAUUGUUGGGUUUGUUGGGAAUUGGUGCUUUUUUUGGGUUUUUCCUUCGAAGAUUUUUAUUGUGGGUUGGUGUUGAUCAGGGUUUUGGGAAGGAUUUGCCAUUAAAUUUGGGGUUCUUUUGUGGGAAAGUCUCCGGUGGAUAGCUUGUAUUGGCCGGUUUCGAUGCUGGGUCGAUGAAAGUGUCUCUUUUCGAUAAAAUCAUUGGGGGGUUUGUUUAGAAUUGCCUUGCUUUUGUUGAAUUUUGGUGGUAGUUUGAAAAUAUUCCCGUAUUCUAUCGAUGCUCAAGGUCUAACAAUUUGGAAUCUCUUCAUUUGGGUGGGGAUUGCCUGUUAAAGGAGUCAAAUUGCAUUGUUUCUGGGUAUUUCAGCUCUAGCUGAGAACUUGCAUCGACCAUUUUUGCAGUUUGGGUUGAGAAUUCCAUUGUGUGAACAAGGUGGGUUUGGGGAAUUUGUGGAGAAGAAUUGUUCUGAGGAUAACAUGAGCUCGUCUAUCACUGACGGUUUGGUUCAUGGAGGAAAGCUUCUGGUUCAUAUUGCUGAGAAUGGGCAAUCAUUUGAGCUCGACUGCGAUGAAACCACGCCAGUUGAAGCGGUCAUGCGGUUCAUUGAAUCCGCGUCGAUGAUUAGUUUCAAUGAUCAGCUUGUUCUCUGUUUGGAUAUGAAACUUGAGCCGCAGCGGCCGCUUUCAGCGUAUAAGCUUCCUCUGGAUGACCGAGAAGUCUUCAUAUUCAACAAGGGAAGAUUGCAACCCAAUUCACCUCCUCCUCCGCCUGAGCAAGUUGAUAUUCUGGAUAUUGCGGACCCUCCAUCACCGUCCUCUUCACAUAAUUCUCAUCCUUUGGAUGAAGCUUCUGACCCUGCUUUGAAGGCUUUACCUUCAUAUGAGCGGCAGUUCAGGUACCAUUACCAACGGGGACAUGCGAUUUAUAGUCGUAGCCAGGUGAAAUAUGAGAACUGUGAGAGGCUUUUGAGGGAGCAAAAGGUUCAAGAGAGGGCAUUGGAGGUUGCUAAGGGUAACUUGGAUCAAUACUAUAAGAUGAUUAGUCAAAACUAUGUGGACUUCAUGAAGCGAUAUUCACAGCAGAACCGAAUACAUUCGGAUCUCCUGGUGAAUUUUGGGAGGGAUAUUGAGAAACUGAGAUCCGUCAAACUCCCCCCUGCUUUACAGACUACCACCCGCAAGCGCUUAUUGGAUUUUGUCAAGGAAGAGAACUUGCGGAAGUCAGCUGAGAAUUGCAGCGGUUCCCACAAGCAGUUUGAGAAUAAGGUUUCACAAUUUAAGCAAAUGUUUGGUGAGGUGAAACGCAAGGUUGAGGAAUUGUUUGCUAGCAGGGCUUCUUUUCCUACCAGGAAUUUGGAGGGGAUGAUUAGGGAACACCAGCCAUACAUCAAUGAACAAAAGAGUAUACUGCAAUCCUUGAGCAAAGAUGUAUAUACGGUGAAGAAACUUGUGGAUGACUGUGUGUCCUACCAAUUAUCUUCAUCACUCCGUCCUCAUGAUGCAGUUUCGGCCUUGGGUCCUAUGUAUGAUGUCCAUGACAAGAAUCACCUGCCUAGGAUGCAGACUUGUGAUGAUGCAAUUUCUAAGCUGCUGGACUUUUGCAGGGAUAAGAAGAAUGAAAUGAACAACUUUUUGCAUAAUUACAUGCAAAAAAUUACCUAUGCUUCAUAUGUCAUUAAAGAUGCUAAGUUACAGUUUCCUGUUUUUAAAGAGGCAAUGGUUCGUCAGGAUGAUCUGUUUAUGGACUUGAAGUUAGUCCGUGGAAUUGGCCCGGCAUAUAGAGCCUGCCUUGCAGAAGUUGUGAGAAGAAAGGCUUCUAUGAAGCUUUACAUGGGAAUGGCUGGACAAUUGGCUGAAAGACUUGCCACAAAGAGGGAGGUUGAAGUGAGGAGACGCGAGGAGUUUUUGAAGGCUUGCGGUGCUUACAUACCUAGGGAUGUAUUAGCAUCUAUCGGAUUAUACGAUAACCCCAAUCAGUGUGACGUCAAUAUAGCUCCAUUUGACACUGGUUUGCUUGACAUUGACAUUUCAGACCUGGAUCGAUAUGCUCCUGAAUAUUUGGCAGGACUGCCUUCAAAGGGUGAGAAGCCUGGAAGCACAAAAGGUUCAUUUGCUUUGUCUAAUGACAGUUCUCAUUCUUCUGAGUCUGAAGAGUUUGCUGUAGGCAGUGUUGAUAAAUACGACUCUGAGGAUCUUCUAGAAGGCUCUGAGUUGGUUGAGAUUGCUGGAACUAGCAAAAUGGAAGUUGAGAAUGCAAAACUUAAAGCUGACCUUGCUUCUGCCAUUGCCUUGAUUUGUUCCCUCUGCCCCAACGUUGAGUACGAAUCACUUGAUGAUAGUAAACUGGAAAGCAUAAUGAAGAAUGCUGCAGAGAAGACAGCUGAAGCUUUGCAUCUGAAAGAUGAAUAUGGGAAACAUCUUAAAUCUAUGCUCAGGAUGACGCAGAUGCAGUGCAUGUCUUAUGAGAAACGCAUUCAAGAAUUGGAGCAGAGAUUGUCUGAUCAAUAUUUGGAAGGGCAGAAGCUGUCAAAUAACAAAGAUACAACUGACUUAGCCCUUUUGGCUGAGAAGGCUGAUGUUUGCAGUCCAGAAAGCUUGGGCAGUGAAUCUCACACACCUUGCAUAUCUGCUACUGAGCACAUGGAUGAGGUUUCUUGCAUCUCAAAUUCUUUGGAUGCAAAACUGGGGAUUUUCACUGGGCAAUCAAGCAAAGCUCGAGAGGGGGUGGAUGAGAAUAUGAUGGAUUCCUCUGGAAUAAUAAAUCCUCAGCUUGAUUCCUUGAUGCUGGAGCCACACCGUGAAGAACUGCUAGUCAGCGAUAAAGAUGGGAAGGAUAAAAUGAUGGGACAGUUGGGCAUGUCCCUUACAAACAGUUCCACUGCUGAGAGCAUGCCUGAGCCUCUGACUGUUGUACCCUCUGACACUACAGUUGAUCCAAGUUUGGAUUCCAAAGCCAGCAGUGAUCUUUUGUUGGAAUUGCAAAGUGCACUUGCAGAUAAGUCAAACCAAUUAACUGAAGCUGAAACCAAGAUUAAAGCUACCAUGGAGGAGGUUGCCUUGCUUAGGAGGGAGUUGGAAGCGAGUCGGAAGCUCCUAGAUGAAUCCCAGGUUUCAGAUGAUUCCAUUCCCCUCAUUAUAAACACUAUCUGUGGAGUUCUAAUGUUGUCAUCUAUGAAUUGUGCACACUUGGAGAACUGUUUGCACGAAGCAAGAGAGGAAGCCCAGACCCAUCUUUGUGCAGCUGACCGGAGGGCUUCAGAGUAUAGUGCUCUGCGUGCAUCUGCUUUGAAAAUGCAUGGUGUUUUUGAAAGACUUCGAAAGUGUGUUGAUGCACAGGGUGGAGUGGCUACUUUUGCAGAUUCCUUGCAUACUUUAUCACAAUCUUUGGCCAAUUCCAUUAAUGACAAUGAAGAUGAUGAUACUGCCGAUUUCCGAAAAUGCAUCCGAGUUCUUGCAGAUAAAGUUAGUUUCUUGUCGAGGCACCGUGAAGAGCUACUUGGCAAGUAUCUGAAGUUUGAAGCUGCAAAUGAACAGCUUAAAAAGGAAUUGGAAGAUAAGAAAGAGCUGGUUAAAACUUUGUACACCAAGCAUCAACUUGAGAAGCAGGCAAACAAGGAAAAAAUAUCUUUUGGCCACUUGGAAGUCCACGAGAUUGCCGCAUUUGUUCUUAAGCCAGCUGGGCACUAUGAGGCAAUCAGUCGGAACUGCUCAAACUACUACUUGUCUGCUGAAUCUGUGGCCUUGUUUGCUGACCAUCUCCCAAGCCGACCUAACUACAUUGUUGGGCAGAUCGUGCAUAUUGAACGCCAAACUGUGAGGCCGAUACCUUCUAUACCAACUCGGGCCGAGCAUGGUAGAGUGGAUCAAACUGAUUACCUGACCUCUGACAUGGGGACCGAUCAGUUGACCUUGAAUUCAGGAUCAACUUCGAACCCUUUCGGUCUCCCCAUUGGCUGUGAAUACUUUGUAGUAACAGUAGCCAUGUUACCUGACACCACCAUUCAUUCACCAUCUCCUUCCUGAUCCCUGCUCGAGGCAGAUAGAUGUGAUGGAAGAAUGGAAAAUGUACAUAUCUGAUAUAACAAUCAAAGGUUAACCCACUUGCUGGGAGUUGAACGUGAUUUUCUCUUUGUACAGCUGAUGAUCCAAUUAAGUUUGAUCUCCCCCUUUGUACAUAUAGCUACUCCUUUCUAUUGAAAAAUAAAAAUAUAUAUAUAUAUAUAUAUGUAAAUACAAUGCAGCUCUUGAUCUUU